GCACCUACCAGCUGGAAGAUCCUGUGUCCCUGUGAAUGUGACCCUCUCAUCAGCGUGAAAGCUAUUCCUGUCGCUGCUCCAGAUUUCAGAUGAGGAAAUCAAGGCCCCUAGGAAGGAAAUUGGAUGGUCAUGACCCCUAUUACACUAUGCUAAUCCAUUAACUAAUUAGUGCAUGUGUAUACCUUUUUCUUCCCCCAAACUGCAGAGAGCCAAAGUGUCUAACCUGCAGCCAUCUGCACCGAGGACUUUUCUUUGCUAUGAGUGGGACGGUGUCCUUGGUGGGGACGGAGGAUCCGCGGCCCUGGGGAAGGGCAGGGAAGCGUGUGCUCAUAGUCUAUGCACAUCAGGAGCCCAAGUCUAUGAAUGGAUCUUUGAAGGAUGCAGCGGUAACUGAACUGAGCAUUCAGGGCUGCCAAGUCACCGUGUCCGAUCUGUACGCCAUGAACUUUGAGCCGAGGGCCACAAAGAAAGACUUUGCAGGUCCUUUGAAUAACUCAGACUUCUUCAAUUAUGGGGUAGAAGCGCAUUCAGCAUAUAAAAAAGGAUUUCUGUCCAGUGAUGUGAUUGAAGAGCAAAAGAAAGUACAGGAAGCUGAUUUAAUCAUAUUUCAGUUUCCCUUAUAUUGGUUCAGCGUGCCUGCCAUCAUGAAAGGCUGGAUGGACAGAGUCCUUUGCCAAGGAUUCGCUUUCGAUUUUCCAGAAUGCUUUGACAGAGGCUUCCUCCAGAACAAAUUAGCCCUCAUUUCAUUCACCACUGGAGGUGAUGCUGAAUUGUAUUCCAAAACAGGGCUCAGUGGUGAUAUUAAAUACGUCUUAUGGCCCCUACAGCAUGGUGUGUUACAUUUCUGUGGUUUCAAAGUCCUGGCCCCUCAGGUCACUUUUGCUCCUGAAUACUCAUCAGAAGAUAAGAGAAAAGAGAUGGUGGAGUCUUGGGCAAGAAGACUAGAGACCAUUUGGAAAGAGAAGCCUAUAAACUGCACUCCCUCCUGGUACUUCGAAUAAUAACAUCUGGUGUUAUGUGUAACACUCCUUCCCUUUUUUGACAUUGUGAGUAGCCCAUGAUUUGGAGACAAUCUGUUAUAAUCAAUAAAGCUACAAAAUCCACUUACCAAAUGAA